UCUAAACCUCUGUCCUUUAUCAACCCAUUUUCUUCAGCACACAACCAAAACAACAAACUUUUCUCAAACUCAAAAUGGCACCACCACCGCGUUUCUAUUCACACCUCCUCCUCGUGAUUUGCGCCACCGUCUUAUUAACACUAACGAUCUCACCGCCGACAGUAACCGCCGGAGGAUUCAACCUCGGAAUGGAAUGGAUUCACCAAACGAAAACAACCUGCGAAGGCACCAUCGCCGAUUGCAUGUUGCAGCAAGGCGAAGAAGAGUUUCAGUUCGACAGCGAGAUCAGCAGGCGUAUUUUAGCAACAACUAAGUACAUCAGCUAUGGUGCGCUUCAGAGGAACACUGUGCCAUGCUCUCGCCGUGGUGCUUCUUACUAUAACUGCCGUCCCGGUGCUCAGGCCAACCCUUACAGCCGUGGAUGCAGUGCCAUUACGAGGUGCAGGAGUUGAUUAUUAUUUUUUUUUUCAAUUUUUGAAAAAAUAAUAAUAAUUAAGUAUUAAUUAAGUUUGGUUGUGAAUUUUUUUUUAUAUACUUUUAAUAUGUGGAUGUUUAAUCCUUUUUAUUUGUGGGUCACUGUUGUGAGUUGUGACUCUUUUAUGAAAAUACUAUGCUAUUUACAGUUGUUGAUUAUUGUUAAUUAUUGUUAAUUACAUUAUCAUCAAUUAAUUAUUUAUUUGUUGUUA